AUGGUGGCUUACCAGUACUCGUGGUUUUGGAACGAGCGUUUUUGGCUCCCUCCAAACGUUACCUGGGCGGAUCUCCGCAACACAGACGAGGUGCAGUACCCCCAGACCACGCAGCUGUACGUCUCCACCAAGUACGAUCCCGUCUGUGCUCCAAGCGGAGUCGAGUUCUUCUCACCCUGCAUCGCGGGGUGUAUGGAACAACUGCCAGGCGAAAGCAAGUUGCAGAGCUACGGCAUGUGCAGCUGUUUACCCACCAACCAGUCUGCUGCCAGUGGAAGCCCUGACGUUGAGAACAAGGUGACGUCAGGCCACUGUCCCAACAACUGCGACCUGCUGCCAGUGGUGCUGUGUGCUCUGUUUGUGUACGCUGUCGGGAUGGCAUCCAUGGGCCCUGCCAUGUUGUUCUCCACUCUAAGGUGUGUGCAGGAAAGUCGCAGAUCACUGGCUCUUGGGUUCCAGAGUCUCAUUGCCAGAUUCCUUGGUGCCAUCCCUGGACCCAUCGUGUACGGAAGUCUGAUAGACCGGGCCUGUCUCUUGUGGAACGAGACUUGCGAUCAGAAAGGCGCCUGCCUCGUGUACGACAACGCCAACCUCAGUACGUACUUCUUCACUGUGACCUUCGCCCUGGCCUGUUGGAUCUUCCUGUCGCUCUGCUUGGCUCUGUACUCCUGGAAACGCAGUGAAGCCAACAGCAAGCUGAUAGAUGAGAAAAAUGCGGAGCUAGACAACGACGCAAGGAAGAGGGUCAGCGGAAUUCUGGAACUUGUGUAUUACCGUGAAACAACGGUGUAACUCACUAACUAACUAACUAACUCAAGUUUGUUAGAUAAGAGAGUUCAAGACCUUUGGAGUGCCAAGUGAGUAUAGAGUUAAUAACCCGCUUUCAUUCGGUUAAUUCGGUCGAUACGGUGAUACGAAACCACCGUUUAUGAGAUGGCUAUUGGAACCUACAAUGACACCGUCUAGAACGAAGGAAAGUGGGUCAUCGAUGAUAUUAUCAAAUAUGCAUUGUCAUGUAGCAAACACAGCACACCACCGAAGAAAAAUUAGACCAUUGGGAACCCUGUGAAAUGGGUAAUUUUUGGGAUAUUAAUGUUAUGGUUUAUGGGGAAAUGUAGGCCUCUGAUUGGUCGAUCUGGCUAUAUGAUGAUUCAGAACUAAUCAAAAUGUGGACUUCAUUACCCAUCCUUUAAACUACGGUUCAAGGUUUAAACAGUCUCUGAUGCAUCUAUUUAUUUCUAUACAGUUAGAGUUUACCACAAUGUAUUUAUAUUGUAAACCAUACCCGUAUGAUACCUAAUGUUACAAUGUAUGCUGUAUAAACGAAUAUUUACUAUAAGAACAGUAUGGAUAUUUACUAUAUUAUCUGAUUGGCUGUCUUCAUAUGCACACAGCCGUUAUAAAUUUCUUUAAGAUAACAUGAUUUGUGUAUUCCAUUAAUAAAUGGCAAACAGAUAUAUGGAUGAAAGUGAUAAUAUAUACGCUACACCAAAGGAGCUAUUCGAUGCAAAUUUUAAUAAAGUAAAAAAAUAAAUAGUGACUUUCAUUUUGUUGACAGAGCUAUAUUGGUUAGAACUUUCUACUUACAAUAAACGAGUAUGGUCUUCUAAUCAUUACCUUGUUUAUAUUGAUUAGUAUGUUAUUUUAUCUAUUAUUUCAAUCGAUAAUAUUUUUGUGUUAGUUGCUUUUGUUUAUGAUUGUUAUAUAU